AUGUUGCGUAUUUUCAUUCUCACAAUUACGUUAUGCGUAACCAACACGCAAAAAACGUAUUCCGCAGCAUCAGAGUCGCAAAUACGGUUUGCGUUAGAAAAUAAAUAUGACAACACAGGCCCCGGCGCGAAAGGACCGGAAUACGCCUACAACACAUAUAAGACCCUUGAAGAAGCUUUAGUUUCCUACGUCGGCGAUCCGGACACGAAAUUGCCAGAACAUGAACGGGCUAAAGUCGAACGGUACGUCAAUACGGACUUGUCACAACCCAUAAGAGAAUUACCAAAAACAGUUGAAGAAUACACAGGUUUGAAACAGCCUUCGCGUCAACGGCCGACACAAGUCAUACAGAGUCCAUUCCAGCCUCAACCCAUAUCUCAACAAGAAUCGUUCAUAUCACAGCCACUUCAAUACGAACAGGUCUUCUUACAAGAGCCGGCCUUCCAAACUUACCCAACAUACAAGCAUAAACAAAGUUUCUUCCAAGAUCCGAGUUCGAAGUACUCGUUUCUGGAUUUCCGGAGUUCAGAUUUAAGGCAGGGAUUACAAAAUGAGAAGUUAGAGUACAAGCUACGAGUUCCACCUGUCAGGCCUUUAGGUCAAGUAAAUAAGGACUUGGCUUAUGAUUCAAAUCCACAAUACUCGUUUUCGUACGGAGUACAUGAUAGGAAAACCGGCGAUUCCAAAUCAGCCCACGAGAGUCGCGAUGGUGGUUCAGUGCAGGGAUUUUAUACAUUCAUGGAUCCUGAUGGGAAGCAACGCACCGUCCAUUACACGGCAGAUGACAAAUUCGGAUUCAGAGCAACGGUUCAGCGAACGCACAUGAACACGCAAUAA